UUUUUUUUUUUUUUACCGUUUGGUUCUCUUCAGCUUUGGGAAUAUUUUUCAUGAUUUUUAUCACUACCUUUGCUGGCAAUAGCCUGUAACUGUACAGUGCAGAUUAUUGUAUAGUUUUUUUUUGUUGUUGUUGUUUUUUGUGUGUUGGCUAAAACCUAGCAGUACUGUAUCUGAUUAUCAGUACUUUACCUGGUUACUAAGUGUUUUUUGUGGUGGGGUUGUACAAAAUGACCACCAGCAAAAGACCAGAAAAGGUAAAAUGACUAAGCCUUUUCUGUUUUUGUAUUGGUAAUGGUAAGUGAUGUUAAUAUGUACCCUUGUCUCUACACCCAAAUCAUGAACUUUGUUUUCUGUAUCUCAAUGUUUUUGUGUGCUUUAUAGCGAAGCAGCCGGCGCGAGUCGCUUGUUCAUAAAACAUCUAAUGAAAGUUGAGAGCACAUCCCACGGGACAACUGGCUGUGCUUGCUUACGUUUGGUUCAUGACUUAAAAAACAAGUACAGGAGUCAUUCCCGAUGAAUCGAAAGCUAUGUCGCUGCUGGCUCCAGCCAAUGCUGUGGCAGGAAUGAUGCCUGGGGGAGGCCUUCUUCCAACACCCAAUCCUCUGGCAUCUAUGGGAGGGACGCCAUUUGGAGGUCUUGGAGCUCCCAGCAUUGAGCAAAUGGCUGCUAUGGGAAUGCCUGGACCUAAUAUGAACCCUCAGGCUCUUUCUGCAGAUUUCCUGAAGCUCAUGCAAUCCAUGGACCCAAAAUUGAAUCUUGCGGCCGGAUUGAACUUGAAUCCAGGGCUGAAGGCUGACGCAUCAAAUAAAGAGAUUGAAGAGGCCAUGAAGAGAGUCCGCGAGGCCCAGUCUCUCAUUUCUGCAGCUAUUGAACCAGGAAGUAAGAAAGAUGACAAGCGCAAACAUUCCCGCUCCCGCUCCCGUUCCCGACGUAGGCGAUCCAGAUCUCGUUCAAGACACAGACGUUCGAAGAGCAGAUCUCGGCGUAGGUCUCAUUCGAGGAGCAGGCGGCGGUCCAAGAGCCCACGAAGGAGGAGGUCCUACUCCCGGGAUAGAAACCGUCGCAGUAGAUCUAGGGACAGGAGGAAGGAGGAAAAGUCCAAGAAAAGAUCCAAGACUCCCCCAAAAAGCUACAGCAGUGCCCGGAGGUCUCGGAGCAUUAGUCGGAGGCACAGGCGAAGUCGUAGUGCUUCUCGGUCCCCUAAGAGAAGGGUCUCCAGGUCUCCGUCUCCCAGACGCCACAAGAAGGAAAAAAAGAAGGACAAGGACCGCGAGAAGGAACGGGAUAGAGACAGGCGAGAGGACAGGGACCGGAGCAGAGACGAACGAGAACGCUCCACCAGUAAGAAGAAAAAAAGCAAAGAUAAAGAACGAGAUCGGGACCGCAAGUCCGACAGUGAGAAAGGAGAUGUUAAGGUGACCCGGGACUAUGACGAGGAGGAGCAAGGUUAUGAUAGUGAAAAAGGAGAGGAGGAGGAGGAUGAGAGGAAGAGCGACUCUGACUCCGUCUCAUCCCCCAAAAGCCAGGAGAUGGAGAGGUCUGAGGGCCAAAUCCCGAAAAAGUCCAAACUGAAUGGAGACGAUCACCAUCAAGAAGAUAUGGAAAUGAGCGACUAAGAACAUCCGAACCAGAUAGCAUCAUCUUUCCACUGUCCUUUUUAUAUUUUUAAUAUAGGCCACAAUAUGUCUGUGCCUGAUCGCUCAAAGUUACAGAUUUUGUCUUAACCGUAGAAACACUGCGAAGGAGGGGGGGGGUGAAUUUUUGUAAAGUUAUAAGAAACCAAUUACUAAAAUAUGAAGAACAUGAAACUUGGUUUUAAAUUGUCAUUGCUGUACUUUUUAAAGGUUUUGUUAUUGUUGGGAUUUCUGUUUGUCUUCCUGACAGUAGGAUACAGUGUUUUCCUCUAAAACGCUGGAUCUGUACAUAUUUUACUGGUUGGGAUUUUGUCCUUAUUUAGACUGUUAGUUGUUUUCCACCCACCAUUUUCAAAUGAACCGUUUUGCUUCAACUGUAACGCACCCAGCUGUGUUUCAUCUCUGCUGACCUAUUUACAACCCUUUAUUAUUGUACAUUGUAGGUUGAAAUGUGUUGUGGCAAUGAAAUAUGUUGUCUGCAAUAGAUUUUCCAGAGGAAACAAAUAAAAUUGGGUUAAACUGUU